GCACCACGAUACAAAAGUGGAUUGCGAACGUUCUCCAGACUUCAGUACAUCAACUUUUUAUCGCACAGUUAGAAGCCCAAUAUGGUUAGCCUGAAAGAUCGAUCCCCUGAGGCAACGGCCGCUCGCCUGGCUGCGAUGAAGGGCAAGAACAUGCUGCUGCUCUCUGCCUCGAAGAUGCUCACUGAAGACGCCCCCGACGUUGGACCCAUGACCAAGGCUUACCUCAACUGGGCCAAGGACAACGGUGUCAUCCUCACAUACGUGACAGACGAAAAUGGCGAUCAUCUUGAGGGUGUCUACCGCCAAUACGAACUGGCCCACAACUAUCUGCCAGCCGACUUCACCAGCGGCGAGACCAUCGUCGAGGCAGUCAAGAAGAGUGGAAUUACAUACGACGGUGUCUUCUCCCACUUAGAGAACAUGCAGCCCUUGGUGGGUGAAGUGGCUGAGCUAUUGAAUAUCUCCUGCAACCCCGCAGACGCCUACAGAAUUGCACGGUCCAAGCUAGAGUCGCGCAAAGCUCUGGCACGUGCCGGGCUUCCUACACCCCGUUCAGCGCCUAUUGCAACACCUGCCGAUAUCGAAUCGGUUGGGGAGAAGGUCGGCUUUCCAUUGAUCAUCAAACCUACCAGUGGUGCCGGGUCAGGAGGUGUGUACAAGGCAGAUAACAUGGAGGAGUUUAAGAACAUAUGUGAGCGCUCGUUCGCGGAUCUGGCUGCCAACCCUACAUUGCAGUUCAACCCGGGAAUGGGAGAUAAGGCCGGUGCCCCCCUCAUGGCCGAGCAGUAUUUGGUGCCGGUUGACUUCGGGCUUCCGAUUUUCGAGUUUGAUGUGGAUUUGCUUAUGUUUGAUGGCGAGGCUGUGUACUCGGGUGUGUGUGACAACUGGAAUCCCUCGCACACAUACUACUUGGAGACUGGUAGUAACUACCCUUCUCUAGUGCCUGAAAAAGUCCAGGAGGAGCUUAUAGAGUUUUCAAUCAACUGUGCGAAGGCGAUGGGAUUUAACCGGGGUGCCUUCCACAUUGAGUGCAUGUACACGUCCGAUGGAGCCCAGCUGAUUGAGAAUAACCCUCGCGUGGGUGGUGGAUCUGAUCACAUGUUCCAUCUGGGCGUGCAGGGUGUUGAUAUGAUGCAGAACUUCUUCAUGUCGAUGCUCAACAUCCCUAUCAACCCCGAGCGCACUGGCACCCCCCAGAAGAUCAUCUUGGAUUACGGCGUGAACGCGGCCAAAACCGGCAUCUUGCAGGACACAGAGUGGAACGAAGAGGCCAAAAAGGGCAAGUACGUCACCGACACUGUCUGCACCGUCAAAGCGGGCGAUAAGAUCAAGGGAGAUGACAAGACCUUCCCGGACUGUGUGGCUCUGUUCUAUGCAGAGGCUCCUAUCGCGGAGGCUAGAGAGGCGUUCCUUGAGUUGCUGGAGAUUGGAGAGCGUGCGCUCGAGACGAUGCCGGUCACGAACGAAGAGAAACCGGUUAGACGCGCGAGUCGCGGUAGUUGGAUUGCGGAGGCCAUCUAAUCGAACAGUGUAGUAGCUUGUAAUGUUAAGGCAAUGGUAUAUAAAGUAAUAUGGUAGUAUUGAAUAAAAUUAAGGAAUUUAAGGAAUGUGGAUAGACCCAAGUACGAAGGAGACUCGUGCCGCAAACUUACAUUCCAUGGGCUCUCAAGUA